UGUACGGGGAACCAACUUGUCUUCACAGGGUGCGGUGCUGAAGUGUUCUGGUUCUGGUGGUUACUGCGCAAACACCUCCUAAAAGUGGUUAUCUCGUGUUGAUGACCAUUCAUAAUUAUCCAGACAACAGUGGAUUUUGGGAGGCACGUUUCAUACUUAAAGAAAAGUGGUCAGUUGUUCUUCAAAGUCAAGUGCUUCAAGAUACGAGACACGUUAAUUCAAAAUGGCCGAUCGGUUCACCGUAGUCGUCAUGUUGCUCAUGUCCACCUCUGCCCUGGCCCUGAAGAAGGGGGAGCUUCUGGACAUGUCUUUCAGCUUUGAUGGCAACUCCCUCAGCUAUCCCGGGUUGGGUUUCUUCGAAUUGACGUCACAGUAUCGGGGGCCCUUGAACGCUAUACCGUGGGUGGAGUACAACAAUAUCCUUUCACCGGAACACGUUGGCACCCACAUGGACGCCCCCAUCCAUGUUUCCGAAGGCAAGCUGCACAUCGACGAAAUACCACUCAGUCGCUUCACAUGUCCGGCCGUCCGAAUUGACAUAACUGAGAAGACAAAACUGGACAGAGAUUACGGAAUGACAGUCCAGGAUCUGCAAGACUGGGAGGAGGUCUACGGCAAGAUUCCAGACGACUGCUUGCUCUUCGUCUACACCGGUUGGGGUGCUUUCUACCCGGAUCGUCUAGCCUACCAAGGAACGACGCGUAAUGACACCUUUCUGGAUGAGCAAGGAAAGUCAUUGGUUCACUCCCCGGGAGUUGCACCAGAAGCAGCCACGUGGCUGUUGGAAAAUCGCAAGAUUUCGGGCCUUGGAUUAGACGCACCAUCCCUCGACAUUGGUCAGGACACUGUAUUUAAGACCCAUCAGAUUUUAUUGGGAGCAAACGUUUACGGCGUUGAGAACGUGGCAAAUCUCGAUAAACUGCCAAAUACCGGAGCUUGGGUGUACGCAUUCCCCAUGAAGAUUGUAGGUGGAAGUGGUGGAUCAGUGCGUCUCGUCGCCCAGUUGAAGGCGGAUACCUCCGGCGCAGUGAUGCUCUCCGCUUCGUUUGUUACACUUCUGGGCUUGAUCUCAGUUUUGUUUUAGCCAACAGAUACCUGGCUAUUGUAAUCUUUGCAGAUUAGCUCUUAAUUAACUAACAUGUUCUUAAAAAAAGGAUCUGCUUCAAAAAUCUUGCAAAGAUAAAAAUGAAAAGUUGUAACCGGAGAAUGGCAAAAUAUUAUGAUGCUUAUAUUAGUUUUAUAUUCUCUUAGUUCUAAAAUUAAUGGGCAAUAUUCCAAAGUUAUAUUCAUGUCAAAAUUCACUCUGUCCGAUGGCAAUUCCUCUAAAACGUUUGCGUCAGAUUUGACAAGAAUCCUGACAUUUUUUUUUGGGGGGGGGGGGGAGAGAACGACACUUCUCAGGGUCAACAUGACAAUUUUCCUGGUCAAAAUUCUAAAAAAAAAAAAAUUCAAACUGUAGGCUUAAUUGUAGAUAGAAGAGUAAAUAUACGAGUUAUUAAUACCGAUUAUACUCGACUCCAAUAAUUUUCUGACGUUUUGGGGUAGAGUAGCAUUAAAUGUACGUGUCAGCAUGACGUAACACAGGGCAUAUUGGUCAAUGAAAGGGAGACCAAACAGGGCACAUGUAAAUUGUGCGGAUGGCUAACGCCACAGUAAAUCAAGUUUACCAAGCAAAAGGUUUUGAGCAUAUAUUACAAAGUCGAUGUCGUUAAGUCGUGAACAUAAUACUUGGGUUGACCUAAGACAUCAACGGAGAGCUGAUUUUUCCAUGUUUCGAGAUUGGCACUGCUGCAAGUUAAUCAAUCAAAGAAGAUCGUGUUAAUGGCCGCUGCUUAUUCACAGUCCCAAGGUCAGGUCACGGCCACGGGAAAGCCUGAGAUUUAACUGUAGCUGUCGAGUGUCGAGCGCAAUUUGAAUCCUCCGCGCGAGGGACUCCCGAAGCGCGCAAAUUAAACUGCGCCAUUUUAAUUUGCGCGUGCACGUUACAACUUGCGCAAGGCGAUCGCAACAACUUUGAGAACUUGCUUGCGCAAGGGGAAUGGGCAAGCAAUACACUAGCGACGAUUGCUUGAAAAGUGUUCAAAGUUCCUGACGUUGCUCAUUAUGGAGACCAACAAGUAUUUUGGCCCGUAAAACAAAUUAGCAUUUUAUUUAUAUUCUUAAAUGUAAAUACAUCAUAAUUUCCUAUGUGUAACCCGUUUUUAACGUAAAAAGAAUGAUUAUUAUCCCUUCAAUUGUUAAAGUUUUGACAUUAUUUGAAAAAUGCUUUAAAUUACAUUACAUGAACUGAACGAUUAAAAAAGUACUUAUUCUUAAAAAAGAAGAAGAAAUUAUUCAUUAAUAAGUGAAUUAAUAAAUUAGCUAAUUUAAAUAAUUUAGCAAUUAAUUAAUUGGACGGUAGGCCUACAAUAAUUACUAUUGUUUUUAAAAACUACUUUGCAUUACAUUUCGAGCGCUGUGUACAAUUAAAGAAUGCAUAAUUAAAAAAAAAAAUAAUGAAUGCACCAAUAAUUUAAUAAAUUAAUUAAAUUUAUUAAUAGUUUAAAUAAUUAAUUCGACUUAAUGACUUUAUAUGUUGUCUAUUAACAAAAUCCUGUUGAGCCAUAAACAAUAAUAAACAUGAUACAAAGUGCAUAAAUUGUUCACAUUACCACCCCUUAUAUCUCUGAACCUCUACACGG